ACUCUGGUUCUGACAAAUUGGCCAAUGCCGUCCGACUCCUAUCUACACAAAUUUUAACAUUAUUACAAUGCGUCUGAUAAAAAUCACGAGAAGGGCUAAACAUUUCUACGUGUAAUGUGCGUGUGAGAAGUACCCACUUCAAAAAGACACGAAGACCUAAUGUAACACACGCGAGGAUGCUACAAACUAUCAAUACUUUUUAUUACACUUGAUAGUUAAGAUAAUCCAGUCUUUUCAUAUGCCGUACCUCAGUGUACUCCUCAUUAACGCAAACGCGCGUGCGCACAUACCCACGUGAACGCGCACCAAGGUUCUCCUCCUCCAGUGCGUCUGGAUCUGUCAAGCUGAAUUACAUCUAUACGUACGCUUCAUAUUAACACGCAUAUUAGCUUUUCUGUAUUUUAUUUUCUGUUCUCUCAUCUCCAUGGCCGCAUCAGACGAUUUAGAGGAUUGCAUUGUGCAGAGAGCAAGAUCUCAAAGUGACCCGAGCGUCAUUACCGACAGUCUUGUCAUUUAUAAGAACAGCACAGAUGUGAUGGAUCACCAGAGAACUCUUCAUUUUGGCGGUCUGGUGUCUGGGGUCCGCACUCCCCCCAUCCGCCGUAACAGUAAAUUGGCCAGCUUUGGCCGCAUCUUCAAGCCAUGGAAAUGGAGAAAAAAGAAAAAUGAGAAAAUAAGGCAAGGAUCUACAGCUGCAGCAGUGGAGAGAAAAGUUGUCGCCAGGCAGAGCCGUGAUGAUGGUGUCAGGAAGGGCCUGGCAGAAGCUUGCACUGAGUCUGGUCUAAUCUGUGGUGGGAAUACAGACAAGCCAGAAACCCCCACACAUGAGUACUCAGAUGAAGAAGAAAGAAGAGAGGUUGUGCCAUUGGCCCCGCUGGCCUGCACCAUAGAGGAUCUUGGUUCUGAUGAUGAAAAUACAUCUACAGUACAUGACACUACAGAUGCGACAGAAACAGCAGGGGAGCUAAGCCAAAGUGAAGAUGAGGAUAAAGUCUCCGUGGCAGAUACCGUGAGCAGAGGGGCGAGUGCUGGGUUUCCUGAACUCAUUGAGUGCCAUAAAAAGAGAAAGGAUGAGACAGUGCUCAGAGAAAAGCACACACCUUCAGGCAAACCUCCUGUGAAGAUGCUUACAAGGCUGGGCAGUCUGGACAGCACUCACUUAAAUCAAAUCAGGCCUGCUCCAGCUACACUGCCUAGAAACUUCACCCUCCCUAAAGAUGCCCUAAGGGGCAGGAUGUCCACCCCCACUGGCUCCCCCCACUUGGGUGUCAUGCUCCCACAGCAGCACCCUAGUUGCAUCAUAGAGGAACUCCACCGUGCACUGGCCACAAAACAUCGGCAGGACAGUUUCCAUGCUAAGGAGAUCCGCAGUUCACCCAAAUGGCGUUUGGAUGGACGGCUUUCCCGUACCGCCAGCACUGAGAAUGAUCAGAGUGGAGAGGUGCAAAACAAGACAGAGGCUGAAGAAAACAAGGAAAACAUGCGUUUGGACGAGUAUUACAGUGAUCAGGAGAGCUGGAACGAAUCUGUCAUCUCUGGGACACUUCCACGCCGUAUGAGAAAAGAGCUUCUGGCAGUGAAGCUGCGUAAUAGGCCCAGUAAACAAGAACUGGAGGACAGAAACAUCUUCCCUGUGCGCAGUGACCAGGAGCGUCAGGAGAUCCGCCAACAGAUCGAAAUGAAACUUGCCAAGAGACUGAGCCAAAGACCAGCAGUCGAGGAGCUGGAGAGCCGAAACAUCCUUAAACAGAGGAAUGACCAGACAGAGCAGGAAGAAAGGAGAGAAAUCAAGCAAAGGCUGAACAGAAAGCUCAACCAGAGGCCCACCGUUGAUGAGCUGCGGGACAGAAAGAUCCUGAUCCGUUUCAGUGACUAUGUGGAAGUGGCCAAAGCGCAGGACUAUGAUAGGAGAGCAGAUAAGCCCUGGACGAGAUUAUCUGCCGCAGAUAAGGCUGCGAUACGCAAGGAGCUGAACGAGUUCAAAAGCAAUGAGAUGGAAGUUCAUGCAUCAAGCAAGCACCUGACCAGGUUUCACCGACCAUAGCAAGGUUUCUUCUAUGAAGAAUAUGCUAACGGUAUCUCUGUGAAGUCAAAGACCUCAGGAGGCUUCGACCAGUGCCCGGGUCUAUGGGUGAUCCAUGGAGGGCCUGAUAUUUGGGCGCAAGUGAACCUUGGAGGCUAUGUCUCUGGAGCUUCAGCCUAAAGAAGCCAAAACCCUCCAAACUCCACUCAGUCAAACUACAUGUUUGUAGAAUAUUCAACCUCAAUUCGUUUCAGGGGUGUUUUGAGGGAUGACUGUUUAGAAAACACAGCCUUUUCUUAAAACAGACUGUUUUUAAAUGGUCGCCUUUUGAUGCCAAUUGAAGGGAUGGGUCGAGCAUGUGACCCACUCGAACCUUUUUCCCACACCAGUGUUGGUGCUGUAGUGACACCCCAAACCGUUUCUGGGCUCCUACUGAAACUUGAGUUUUUGUUAUCAGCUUUAUAAAUGUUAGUUUGAGAAAUAUGAAUCAUGUCUUACCUUUGCAAUGACUAUUUAUUGUCUGUACCGUACAAGCUUUGGAUUUUUAUGAAUCAACAAUGUCUGUUGUCUUUUUUGAAUGAAUGAGUGAAUGGUGAACACAUUGCUUUAGCAGAAACAAAAGUGUAUGGAAUUCUACUAAAUAUGCCUGUUUGGGUAUAUACAGUGAGCCUAACAAGUAUUUGGACUUUUAGCCACUUUUCAUAUCUGAAUGUUUUUGCAUUAUGCAUAACAAGAGAACAAUGUAAUUUAUUUUAAAAGUGCAGAAAGACACAAAACAAGCAAGAGAAUUUAGAAAAAAGUUUGUUUUAAAACAAUAAAUAUACCUUUCAAAGUAUUCAGAUACAUGGAUACACUUUUACUUUACCUUUUCUUUUACUGUAUAUGCAUUUGGCAGAUGUCUUUAUCCAAAGCAAUUUACAGUGCAUCACAAAGCAACAUUUGUAUCAUUGUGUAUUUCCUGGACUCUGCUAUUUCAAUGCUCUGCACCACUGACCUAAAGAAACACAAAAACAUCACUAGUUUGUUUAAAUUAAUUGGAAAAGCUGUAGUAUCAUGUGCAGUCAUAUCUUCAAAAGGGCGUUAUAUGCAUAAUAUUAGAUUUCUUAUGUCUUUUAGCAGGAGGACAUACAAGCCAUGAAUAAUAUGCAUUAAAUCUAACAGAAGAUAUCAGGAAGUCUCAUUAACUGAAAAAGCAGUUCUUGUCCCUCAGAGCUAGGAGUUAGAAGACAGAAUUACAUUUUUACACACAUUUCUUCAUUUACAAAUGAAGUAAUUGCAUCAUUAUUCAUGAUGUGGGUCACCAGUACUGAAACUGAGAAGCACUGUGUUUCUCUUCUGUAGGUGGGCUAGCAGAAAGAAGAUCAAUGAAGUUAAUAAACUUAAUGGAGACUUUUGUCUCAUCAUAAGAAAUGUUAAAGUGAUAAAGUUGAUGCUUACAAUAAGAAGUGAGAACUCUAUUAAGUCUUGUGGGCUGUGAACAAAAUAACUCAAUAGCAAUAACAUUUUCCUGUGGGUGACAGUGUAUUUUAAACACACAGGAUUAUUCCUGUAUCUUUGAAGCAAACGAUCAGAUAUGCUGUGUAUCAGACAUGUGCCUGUUACUACUUUCACAACAAAAUGUGUCCUGUCACAGGCUAAGUUAUCUUGAGACAAUAUACUGAGGGAAUACCAAGAUACAGUAGACUUUAACCAAGAACGACUGGCUUUCAAAAGGCCACUUAAAAUGCAAUGCUCAUACACACAUACAUAUUUAGAAAUGCUGUGCAAUACUAACAAAAGGGACAACAUUUAAAGGGAUAAUUCACCCAAAAUGAAAAUUCUGUCAUCAUUUACUUUCCCCCUUAUGUUGUUCUAAAGAGUUUAUUUCUUGUUUUACUGAACAAAAAAUAUGAUAUUUGAUGAAUUAUGUAACCAUAGAGUUGAUGGUACCCAGAAAAAUAAAUAGAAGUCAACUGUGCGCUUUUAAAAAUAUUUUGUGCUCAACAAAAGAAAUAAAAACUCAAACAACAUGAAAUUGAGUAAAUGAUGACAUGACCAAGUGUUAAUUAGGGUGAACUAUCCCUUUAAGUUGGUCAUCAGCUCUCAUGUCACAUGAACAUUUAUGCAUGCUCAUAGCGCCAUUAAUAUUUAUUCACAGUUUCUUUUAACAGAGCUCAUUGUUGUUAUUUAAUCAUUUGCAUUUUUGGGUUGACAAUUUAAAAGAUAAUUUUGAAAAUGACACAGAAGUGUGUAGCUUUUCAGCAUCUCAUUUACUGCUCUCCAUGGGGAACGUAAAAGUGUUUUAGAUCGACAACACUAGAGCCUGGGAUGAAAUUAAACGGAUGAACCUCAAAGUAUGCAGUUGGCCUCCAAACACAGGGACAAAACAUCAGUUUUCUGUUUCUGGUCCUGCCUGACCUUAAAUAAAUCUGUGAAGAUUAGUGCCAACAACACACAGUAUUCAGUACAUUUCCUAAUGGGAGGUUUAAAUUUAUACAAUGACAAUAUUUGAUCUUUUAGUCUGCUAAAAAGGCCCAAAAAAAUUCAGAUUCAUUAAUUUUGAGAAAAAAAUUGUUACCUUAAAAAUAGGGCUGUCAAAAGAUUAAUCGCGAUUAAUCACAUCCAAAAUAAAAGUUUGUGUUUACAUAACAUAUGUGUGGGUACUGUGUAUAAUUAUUAUUUAUAUAUAAAAACGCUCCCAAUCAUGUAGAUAUUUAAGAAAAAUUGGUUAUAUUUACAUAUAAAAUAUUUAUAUAUAAUAUAAUUUAUAUAAAUGUAAAUACAGUAUUUAAAUGCAAAUAUUUCUUAAAUAUAUACAUGAAUGUGUGUGUUUUUAUAUAUGGCAAGGCAAGGCAAGUUUAUUUGUACAGCACAUUUCAUACACAAAGGUCAUUCAAAGUGCUUUACAUAGAAAUGAGAAAACAAAAAUCAAAGAUACAUGAAUUUA